AUGGGAGGAGAAAAAUUUAAAAGAAUUAGAAUUAAAUUUUUGAACGUGGAAAAAGAUUUCCAGUUCGUAGAAGGGAACACUCCCGAAUGUAUUGAAAAGACAAUUAUUGUGUCCUUUGGUUUCUCUAAAUUCGUUUUAUUGGAUAAUGGUUUUAUUAUUUCCAUUGAGUAUUGUUCGUUCGAAGAUGGAAAGCCAAUGGGAGCUCCAAAGGAAGCUCAGUUGGCCCCAGCUUCUUUGUCCGCGGGCGGAAGGCGUAACAAAAGAAGCCGGAAAAAGGCAUGCGAAAACUGCGUGCUUUCUAAAAAACGCUGUAUCAUGGGUCCUGGCGGUGUUCAGUGUAAAAGGUGCGAGGUGAAAAAUUGUGAGUGCCUCCUACCUGCUCACUUAUGA